AUGGCAUAUACACCACAUCCGCCUGCCAGGCGGCGGCACUCUCCAUGGAGCGCACUGCUAUCCGUUGCAACAUUACUGUCAUCAAUAUGGCUUCCUGUCGCCCAGGCCGCAAAGUCCGCCAGCGACUACUACAUCCACGACCUCCCCGGCGCGCCUUCAUCACCGCGAUUAGAUAUGUACGCCGGCCACCUCGAGAUUACACCCGACCACCAUGGCAACCUCUUCUUCUGGCUGGUGAAGAACAGACAUAUAGGGGACAAGAAACGUCUGGUGUUGUGGCUGAAUGGAGGGCCGGGGUGUAGUAGCAUGGAUGGUGCGCUGAUGGAGAUUGGGCCGUAUAGAGUGAAAAAGGAUGGUACAUUGAGGCUGCAGGAUGGAAGCUGGGACGAGUUUGCGAAUGUCUUGUUCGUGGAUAACCCGGUGGGCACGGGGUUCAGUUAUGUGGAUACGGACAGCUAUGUGCAUGAGAUGGACCAGAUGGCUGAGCAGAUGAUCGCUUUCAUGGACGGCUUCUUCAAGCUUUUUCCAGAUCAUGAGCAUGACGAUAUCUACAUUGCAGGAGAAUCUUACGCCGGUCAAUGGAUACCAUACGUCGCAAAGGCUAUCGUGGACCGCAACAAGGCCAAUCAGAAACACAAGUGGAAUCUCUCGGGUCUGCUGAUUGGCAAUGGCUGGAUAUCUGGGCCGGAUCAGUACAUCUCCUACAUUCCUUUCGCGUACGAAGCUGGCAUUCUGCAGGCGGGCUCAGAGGCCGAUAGAACAGCGACCAGACAACAACAGGAUUGCCUCAAGGCCCUCAACGAACCUGGUGCUGCUGACAAGAUCGACGUCGCCGUGUGUGAAUCUGUCAUGCAAGAGAUCCUGCGCAACACUCAAAGUUCUCCGGCCGACCAAGCAUGCGUCAACAUGUACGAUGUUCGCCUCCGCGACAGCUACCCAUCAUGCGGCAUGAACUGGCCUCCGGACCUCGCACAAGUCAAGCCAUAUCUCCGCCGCGACGACGUAAAGAAAGCACUUCACAUCAACGUCGACAAGAAGACAGGCUGGGUCGAAUGCAACAACCAAGUCGGCGCCGCAUUCACCGCCAAGAACUCCAAACCCAGCAUGCAACUCCUCCCCGAUCUCCUCGAAAAAAUGCCCAUCGUCCUCUUCUCUGGCGACAAGGACAUGAUCUGCAACCACAUCGGUACCGAGAACCUCAUCAACAAUCUCAAAUUCAAUGGCGGCACAGGUAUGCAAAGCGACGGCAUGACCUCCAUGAAACACGACUGGACCUUCGAAGGCGAGCCUGCAGGCCAAUACCAGACUGCCCGCAACCUCACCUACCUCCGCUUCUACAACUCCUCCCACAUGGUCCCCUUCGACUACCCACGCCGAAGCCGAGACAUGCUCGACCGCUUCAUGGGCGUAGACAUCGCGUCUAUCGGCGGCACCCCAGUCGACAGCAAGAUCGACGGCGAAAAGGGGACCGAAGUCUCAGUCGGAGGUCAUCCCAACUCUACCGCCGCACAGGAGGAAGAAGCCAGCAGACUCCAAGAAGCACAAUGGAACGCCUACCGCAGAUCAGGAGAAGGCGCCCUUGCUGUGAUCCUGAUCGCCGCUGUUGCAUGGGGGAUCUUCAUCUGGCGCAGCAGGAGGAGAAGACGAGGCUACCAAGGCGUCAUCGGUAGCGAUCCUUACGAUGAUGGCAGAGGCGACGGCCUUGGUCUCAAUGGCCGCAAAGCCGAGCGUGACGUCGAGGCAGCGAGGGCUUAUGACGAGGCUGAAUUGGACGACAUGGAAGUGGGCAGGAUUGGAAAGAGUAAAGAGAGGUCUAACAUGGACGACGAUGAUGCUUUUGCGCUGGAUGACGAGGAUGAAGAUGAGGGGCCGAGACAUGGGAGGGCGAAUGGGCACGUAUAA